GAGCGGAGCUGGCGGGGCUGCCGGGGCCGCGGCAGGGGGAGCCGGCCCGGCGGGCCGCCUGCUGCCUCCGCCCGCGCCCGCGCCCCCGGCCGCCCCCGCUGCCGUGGCCCCUGCGGCCGGCCAGCCGCGUCCCGCAGCCCCAGCGUCCCGCGGGCCGAUGCCGGCGCGCAUCGGCUACUACGAGAUCGACCGCACCAUCGGCAAGGGCAACUUCGCCGUGGUCAAGCGGGCCACGCACCUCGUCACCAAGGCCAAGGUUGCUAUAAAGAUCAUAGAUAAGUCCCAGCUGGAUGAGGAGAAUUUGAAGAAGAUUUUCCGGGAAGUUCAGAUUAUGAAGAUGCUUUGCCACCCGCACAUCAUCAGGCUGUACCAGGUUAUGGAGACAGAGCGGAUGAUUUAUCUGGUGACAGAAUAUGCUAGCGGAGGGGAAAUAUUUGACCACCUGGUGGCCCACGGUAGAAUGGCAGAGAAGGAAGCCCGUCGCAAGUUCAAGCAGAUCGUCACAGCCGUAUAUUUUUGUCACUGCCGGAACAUUGUUCAUCGCGAUUUGAAAGCUGAAAAUUUGCUUCUGGAUGCCAAUCUGAACAUCAAAAUAGCAGAUUUUGGCUUCAGUAACCUCUUCACCCCUGGGCAGCUGCUGAAGACCUGGUGUGGCAGUCCUCCCUAUGCUGCACCAGAGCUCUUCGAAGGAAAGGAGUAUGACGGGCCCAAAGUGGACAUCUGGAGUCUUGGAGUUGUCCUCUAUGUGCUGGUGUGCGGCGCGCUGCCGUUUGACGGGAGCACACUGCAGAACCUGCGGGCCCGGGUGCUGAGUGGAAAGUUUCGCAUCCCAUUUUUUAUGUCCACAGAAUGCGAGCACUUGAUCCGCCACAUGCUGGUGUUAGACCCAAGUAAGCGCCUCUCGAUGGAGCAGAUCUGCAAGCACAAGUGGAUGAAGCUAGGGGAUGACGAUCCCAACUUUGACAGGUUAAUAGCUGAAUGCCAACAACUGAAGGAAGACAGACAGACAGACCCCCUGAAUGAAGACGUCCUCUUGGCCAUGGAAGACAUGGGACUAGACAAAGAGCGUACACUGCAGUCAUUAAGGUCAGAUGCCUAUGAUCACUAUAGUGCAAUCUACAGCCUGCUGUGUGAUCGACAUAAGAGACAUAAAACCCUGCGUCUCGGAGCACUUCCUAGCAUGCCCCGAGCCAUGGCAUUUCAAGCACCAGUCAAUAUCCAGGCAGAGCAGGCCGGAACGGCCAUGAACAUCAGUGUUCCCCAGGUGCAGCUAAUCAAUCCGGAGAACCAGAUUGUGGAGCCGGAUGGGACACUGAACUUGGACAGCGAUGAGGGUGAAGAGCCCUCUCCUGAGGCCUUGGUCCGCUAUCUGUCAAUGAGGAGGCACACAGUGGGUGUGGCUGACCCGCGCACGGAAGUUAUGGAAGAUCUGCAAAAGCUUCUACCUGGCUUUCCUGGAGUCAACCCCCAGGCUCCGUUCCUGCAGGUGGCCCCGAACGUGAACUUGAUGCACAACUUGCUGCCCAUGCAAAACUUGCAGCCAACUGGGCCGCUUGAGUACAAGGAGCAGUCUCUGCUACAGCCGCCCACUCUACAGCUGCUGAAUGGAAUGGGCCCCCUUGGCCGGAGGGCAUCAGAUGGAGGAGCCAACAUCCAGCUCCACGCACAGCAACUGCUGAAGCGCCCACGGGGACCCUCCCCACUUGUCACCAUGACACCAGCAGUGCCAGCAGUUACCCCUGUGGACGAGGAGAGCUCAGAUGGGGAGCCAGAUCAGGAAGCUGUGCAGAGGUACUUGGCAAAUAGGUCCAAAAGACAUACACUGGCUAUGACCAACCCUACAGCUGAGAUCCCACCGGACCUACAGCGGCAGCUAGGACAGCAGCCUUUCCGUGCCCGGGUCUGGCCUCCUCACCUGGCACCUGAUCAGCAUCGCUCCACCUACAAGGACUCCAACACCCUGCAUCUCCCUACGGAGCGUUUCUCCCCUGUGCGCCGGUUCUCAGAUGGGGCUGCAAGCAUCCAGGCCUUCAAAGCUCACCUGGAAAAAAUGGGCAACAACAGCAGCAUCAAACAGUUGCAGCAGGAGUGUGAGCAGUUGCAGAAGAUGUAUGGAGGGCAGAUUGAUGAAAGAACCCUGGAGAAGACCCAGCAGCAGCAUAUGCUAUACCAGCAGGAACAGCACCAUCAAAUUCUCCAGCAGCAGAUUCAAGACUCUCUCUGUCCUCCUCAGCCUUCUCCGCCUCUUCAGGCUGCGUGUGAAAAUCAGCCAGCCCUCCUCACUCACCAGCUCCAGAGGUUACGGAUCCAGCCUUCAAGCCCACCCCCCAACCACCCCAACAACCAUCUCUUCAGGCAACCAAGUAAUAGCCCUCCCCCUAUGAACAGUGCCAUGAUUCAGUCUCACGGUGCUGCAGCUCCCUCCCAGUUCCAAGGCUUACCCUCCCACAGUGCAAUCUUCCAGCAGCAGCCUGAGAACUGUUCUCCUCCUCCCAGUGUGGCACUAACCUGCUUGGGCAUCCAGCAGCCUACCCAGUCACAGCAGGUGACCAUCCAAGUACAAGAGCCAGUUGACUUGCUCAGCAACAUGCCAGGGACGGCUGUGGGCUCCACCGGGCGGGGCAUCUCUAUCAGCCCCAGUGCCAAUCAGAUUCAGAUGCAGCACCGUUCCAACCUGAUGGCCACCUUCAACUAUGGGCACCGACCCUUGUCCAAGCAGCUCAGCGCUGACAAUGCAGAGGCCCAUAGCUUGAAUGUGAAUCGGUUCUCCCCUGCUAAUUACGACCAGCCUCAUUUACAUCCCCAUCUGUUUUCGGACCAGUCCCAGGGUUCCCCCAGCAGCUACAACCCUUCACCAGGAGUGGGGUUCCCUCCAACCCAAGCCUUGAAGGUCCCUCCACUUGACCAACUCCCCACCUUCCCUCCCAGUGCACAUCAGCAGCCACCACACUAUACCACAUCAGCACUACAGCAGGCCCUGCUGUCCCCCACACCACCAGACUACACCAGACACCAGCAGGUACCCCACAUCCUUCAAGGACUUCUCUCUCCCCGGCAUUCGCUCACUGGCCACUCAGACAUUCGGCUGCCUCCAGCAGAGUUUGCACAGCUUAUUAAAAGGCAGCAGCAGCAGCGACAGCAGCAGCAGCAGCAGCAGCAAGAGUACCAAGAAUUGUUCAGGCACAUGAACCAAGGGGAUGCCGGGAGUGUGGUCCCCAGCCUCGGGGGCCAGAGUAUGACAGAGCACCAGGCUUUAUCCUAUCAAAGGUCUGACUCCUAUAACCAUCACCACACCAGCCCCCAGCAUCUUCUGCAAAUCAGGGCGCAAGAAUGUAUCUCCCAGGUGUCCUCGCCUGCCCCGGCCCAUGGGUAUGCUCAGCAGCCGGCGCUCAUGCACUCAGAGAGCAUGGAGGAGGACUGCUCGUGUGAGGGCGCCAAGGAGGGCUUUCUGGACAGCAAGAGUUCAAGUUCAUUGACCAAAGGUUGCCAUAACAGCCCUCUACUCUUGAGUACUGGUGGACCUGGGGAUCCUGAAUCUUUGCUAGGAACUGUGAGUCAUGCCCAAGAAUUGGGGAUACAUCCCUAUGGACAUCAGUCAACUGCUGCGUUCAAUAGGAAUAAGGCACCCAGCCGAGAGUCUGUCAUAGGGAACUGCAUGGAUAGAAGUUCUCCAGGACAAGCAAUGGAGCUACCAGACCACAAUGGGCUCGGGUACCCCACACGGUCCUCAGUCAAUGAGCACCACAGGCCCCGCACCCUCCAGAGACACCACACAAUCCAGAACAGCGAUGAUGCUUAUGUGCAGCUGGAUAACUUGCCAGGAAUGAGUCUUGUGGCUGGGAAAGCACUUAGCUCUGCCCGGAUGUCAGAUGCAGUUCUCAGUCAGUCUUCACUCACGGGCAGCCAGCAGUUUCAGGACGGGGAGAGUGAGGAAUGUGGGGUGAGUCUGGGAGGUCACGAGCACCCAGACCUGAAUGAUGGCAGCCAGCAUUUAAACUCCUCUUGCUAUCCAUCUACGUGUAUUACAGACAUUCUGCUCAGCUACAAGCACCCUGAGGUUUCCUUCAGCGUGGAGCAGGCUGGCGUGUAACAGGAAACAAGAGAUUGUGUACAACUUGGGAAUGAGAAGGUUGAUUUUAAACCAACAGUAUCUAGCAGCACUGCGCCAAAUUGCCAUUGUGUUUCUCUCCACCCGGAACACCAUGGCCGCUGCCCUACCACGCAUCAGUAUGCUGUCCUUUGGGGUCCGAAGGGGGCUGCCAUGUUUGCUUGUAUGACCAAGUCACCAAGGAAAUAAACAGGAAAUCCAUGUUCUCCAUCUUUCGUGAAAGUGUAUUUGGUGUAUUUGAGUUGGUGGGUGUUUCUGUUUGUUUGGUUUUUGGGUUUGUGCAUUUUUUGCUUUGCUCUGUUUGCAGUACUGUCUUUUGAAGGUGGUAGCUUCCCUUCCGCAUCCCUCCCUGCCGCUCUUGGCUUCUUCCUUUCUUUUGUGGAUGUAUGUAUCUGUGGCUUCCUUAUCUUCUCUCCCCUCCUCUCUGCAUCCCUCCCCCCCCCCUUCUUCUCCGUCUCUCUCUCUCUGUCUCUUUUUGCUUUUGAGACAUUAAGCCAGCAGUUAGUUCAGUGGCCUGGCCCCUCGGGCCGCACCCCCUGCACCCCUCUUCAUCUGAGCACCCUCUGUUCCCCUGCCUGCUCCUCCAUGGGUGCAAACAGAAGAGAACAGUUCUACAGUCUCAGUGGCAGCGAAAAGGAGAAGAGCAGAGGUGAUGGUGUCUGGCCCUUAGCAGAGGAGAGCGGAGAGGAACAGACUGAGAGCGGCCCAAGUCUGGAACCUGGAGCUCUGCUCUGCUGCUGGGCUCUACCGCAAACACUCGCAGCCCAGCAUCGAGGCCGACGGUGGCCUGGCCGACAGGCUGUCACCUGGGUCUCAGCUUGAACCACUCUGGCAUAUAACGCAGCUCCCCUUCAGCAGCCUGCAGAGUUGGUCGCCUUUCCAUCCUGCUGGUUUACCCUGGACUGAAACCCAACGCUGGUGUACUAUGCUUUCUGUGUCAUCUUUCAUUCUCAUUUUAUGAUGUGCUCUAGAGAGGAGCUUUGGACAUGGACGCCUUCCCUUCAGCCUUUUUGUCACAGGAGGUUGCAGUGGGUCCUGACUCAACCUCUCCCCGACCCUCCAACCCCUUUAGUUCACCGUGUAGGGAUUAUUUUUGGUAAAUGUCAAUAUUAUUGUUAUUAUUAAAGACAAAAAGAAUUUUUGUUUAAAGGAGAAUAUUUAAUCCGAUUCUGUUCUAUCUGAGCUGUGACUUGCACCUGUUGUUCAAAGCAUUUUCUUCUGGCCUUGUAACCGUGAGCCGCGCCUUAGUGACAGUGGCAGAUACAGUGGCCCCGUCCCCCUGCUGAAGCAGCGCAUAUGCAGUAGCUCUUGUUUAUCCCGUUACCUUUAUUUCCCUUCACCAUUAGAAACCAAAGUCUUCUCUGCUGGCCGGGGCUAACAGAUCUGAGUUAUCUCCUUCAAAACCAGAGAGACACGUUGCCUGUCGUAACUCUUGACCCUUUUACUGGGAAGGAGAGUGAAAGGUCCCGCGCCGCUGCCGCCGCUUCUUUUAUCCUGAAUUUGCACAGAAGAAAGCGGGUGCCCGUGGCGCCAUCCUGACGCUGCUGGCAGGGUCGCUGGGCAGGUUGUCCUCCGCUGACACCGGCACUCAGCUCCAGCACCCACUGUCCCUCAAGCGCAUUUCUACAAUGCAAGAGCCUUCUGGAGAUCUGCCCACGUUCCCACGGCCCUGACUCCCCUCCUCUUGUAGGGAUCGCCAAGUGCUCACUAGAAGGGAGUUUACUCACCAAGUGAGCCCUGGAAGCUGUUGCUGACUGCCGGGGCUGCUUCCCGCUUGGAUGUCCCCUGACUCGCCCUCUGCUAGCACGCACUCCGCUUGGUCUGUUUACGCGGAACUGUCUCACCGAGAAGCAGAUCCCCCUCCAGCAACCGUGCAGACGAACUCCAGUGAGCCUGCUAACGUGCCAUCUCGCAAACGAGUCUUCUAAAAACACUGUUGCUUUGUAUUGUAGUAGCCAACACCUGCAAUCUAUGUUGAAUGUAUAUGAAUAUACUUUCCCAUUUCUGUUCUUUGAAAAUGUCAGAAGUAUUUUUUCUUUCUCAUUUAUCUUAAACUAAAGGAUUUUACAAAAUCUCUAGACUCGAGUUGCUAAGACCUUUUGUCCUUGUUUGUGUGGGGCAUUUACAGCUUAGUAACUUGGCUGGACGGUAAGAGGUUGUGAAAAUAAAACCUGAUCGUGUUCUCA